CUUUUUCGUUAUUACCCUUAUGACCUUCCCUUCCAGCCCGAUAACCACUAGAUUAGUACCUACACUACAGUACAGUACCAAUGUCUGUGCUGAUAAUCUCCCCUGCCCCCGGUCGAUCUUCCGUCCGGGAACAUAAACAUGCCCAUUCACCUCCCAGAUCCCAGAAGACAAAGACGAGACAGGCAAUCCCAAUCCAGGAAUCCGAUCCGGCCUACACCCUCCUCCCAACGCCAUCCAACAAUCCUUCUUUCUUUUCUUUUAUCCCCACGCGCCUAUAUCGCCAGCCACCACAACCACAACCACCACCAUCAUCAAAUUAAACUUCCCUUUCAGAUACUAGUAGUAGUGUAAUGAAAUUCCCCACAUCACACAUAUACUACCCCCUAAAGCCCACUAUCAACCACCACAGUAAGACAUAUCCAAAGCCUAAAUAAAUUCAGGGUAGUAUUCACCGAUAGCUUGGUAUGUACGUAGUACUAUCUCUUUCUUUG